UUUGAAGAAAGACAAAACUGGUUAGAUGGCAGGUUUCGUAGUUAGCAUCAGAUUCAUUUUUCAAGAGAAAAAUAAAUAGUCUGAUCACAAGGGAAAGAAUUGGCAAUUAUAGUUCAUUAUAGGAAGCACUGGACUUGUAAUAAGACUUCUCUCCUCAUAUUCCUAGUUUAGGCUGAAAUUUUAAUGUAUGUAUCAGACAUACAUGUGUCACUGUAUAUAGAAACGUGAAAACAUGAGUUUGAUACAACAGGAAACACAGUUGAUACUUUCUUCUUCAUUCUCAUCUAUCUCCAAACUGCUUUUAUUUCCUCUUGUUUCUCUCUCUGAGAAAUGCCAGCAUUAGAGAGCUUGCAGGAGCAAAUUUGCUAUGUGGAAUGCUGCAUUUGCAAUAUCAUCCUACUUGUAGUUAUCGUUCCUUACAACAGCUUAGCAAUGGUGGUGACAAUCAAUUGCGGCCACUGCGAUAACAUCUUCUCUCUCAACAUGCUACACCUCUUUCCAUCAAUCAACCAGCACCGUAAAUUGGUUGCGGACGAAGAAGAAGAUGAUGAUGAUAAUGACGACGAAGACAGAGAUUAUGUAUGGUGCAACCAUGUUAUCCAGAAACCACCGGAAAAGAAGAAGCGCGGUCCGACUGCAUACAAUCGCUUCAUCAAGUAUGAAAUCAAGAGGCUCAAGGCUGAGCAUCCCAACAUCACUCACAAGGAAGCUUUUAGUGCAGCUGCCAAAAAUUUGGCACAUUGCCCACAAAGAGAGUAUAGAGAUGGACAAGUCAGUGCUUGUGAUGAAGGAGACACAAAUUACCAUGGUCAUGCAAUCCAUUGCCCAUCAUGAGGUGCAUUUUCUUGGCAAUGCUUUCCAUGAAACAAAGGCAUUGAACCACAACACCUUUCUAUUGAAGGGUUCAAUUUCUCGGGCAACGCCAUUCAAAAAGAGAGAAUUGCAAGUGCUGGUUAAGGGGCUUGAUGAAAAUUGAGUUUUAUUUUAUCUCUUUCUUUUUAUAGAUCAUGAAUUGACUUCAUUGAUUACAGUUGGUUGUGCUUUG